AUUGACAGAAAAAGAAAAUUUCUUGGAGAACAUUGACAGAAAAAGAAAAUUUCUUGGAUAAACACACACAUACAUGUGCUUUUAUAUAUGCAUGUCUCUGAAAUAUGAAGAUUUUUAGUUGGGUUCAAAGAAAGCUUAGCGGAAAGAAGCGUGUGCCUACUUCAGAUUCUUCUCAAGAACCAUCAAGUCCUCCUUUGAGUAAAGAAGUCCAAGGUUUGCCUCAAGACGAAGAAACCUUCUUAGCCAUCGGAACACUUGGAAACAAUAUCUUCCCCAAGCAAGAAGAAGAAGAAGAAGAAACAGAUUCUAGCAAAGAUAUAACUCCGGUUAAUACAGAUGUUACUAUCGGGAAGAAGAAAUCGCUUUCUUUUCUUCUCAAGAAGAUGUUUGUUUGCACAAGUGGCUUCAAAACUCCACCUCCUCUUCUUGAUUUAUCUAGAGGAGAUUCAUUGCACAACACACGAAUGGAAAAGAUGCUAAGGACAAUACUCAACAAGAAGAUACAUCCACAACGUUCAAAUUCUAUAGCAAAGAAGUACUUGGAAAGUAAUCAUAAGAUUAUGGAUGAAGCUCGUUCAAGUGUUGACGCCAACAAAUGGGUCAAGACUGAUUCUGAAUUAUUUAGUUAGGUCAAAAGCAUAUAAUAAACAUCAUAAGGACUGAAUUAAAAUGCAGAAAGAUGAAAAAUAUUGUCUUGGAGAUGUAGAUAUCAACCAAUAAGCUAAAUGGACCUGAUUGAUAGUCAUGGUCUCAAUUGAGUGAUGGUGUAAGUUCAACUGUUCAAGAUAUGAAGAAUAACAUUGGAGAAGGGUCAUAAAAAUAUCUCUGAUAAUCAGUGUUUACAGAUGUAUAUUUACUUGUCAAACUCCAUUUUUCAUCAUAGAUUUGUUUUUAUUUUUUCAGAUUUUAAUGUGGUGAAGAAAAUCUGUUUGCUCAUGUAAACUACAAAAUAUUCAUCUUAUCAAAUAAUUUUAUUUGUAUUUAUGCAGUUUGAAAUAAGUGAUGAAUAAUGAAGAAUGACUGAGAUUUCUUG